AUGGUCCCAAAAGCAAUCGUUGAGGCUCUUCAAGCUUCUAAUGUAUGUGAAAAGGUAUUUGGCUGGUCUUCAAUUUCUGGAGGUUGUUUAAAUAACGCGUAUAAAGUUGAUACUGAUAAAGGGGACGUAUUUGUUAAGACGAAUUCUGACCCGAAUUCCUUGACUAUGUUUGAAGGGGAAUCUGAAGCGUUGAAAGUAAUAUCAGAAGCUGUGCCAAAAUUUGCACCAAAACCAUUAUGCAAGGGGCUACUACCAAAUGGUGGCGCAUUCCUAGCAACCGUGUUCGUGUCUCUCAAUUCAGCAAGUACAAGAAACCAGCAAAUUCUCUUUGCAAAAAAACUAGCACAAUUACAUUCAGCUACAUCACAUAACAGAAUGUUCGGUUUUCCAGUAGUAACAAUGUGCGGUACUACUUCACAAGAUAAUAGUUGGGAAGCAGAUUGGGAAACAUUCUAUAAGGAGCGAAGGUUACGUCCUAUGAUAGCGAAUUGUCUAAAGAAUAAUUCAAGAGAUGCAGAAUUGCAAAGAUUAGGCAAAAUAGUUGUUGAUAAAGUUGUACAUCAUUUAUUAAAAGAUGCUGAAGUAAAACCUGCAUUAAUUCAUGGUGAUUUAUGGAGUGGCAAUUGGGCAAUCGAUUCAACGACAAAUGAACCUGUGAUCUUCGAUCCAGCCGCUUGUUAUGGUCACAGUGAAAUGGAAUUGAGUAUUAUGACAAUGUUUGGAAGUCCUUCAUAUGAUUUCUUUAAAGAAUAUCAUACUCAUCAUCCACGUCAGGAACCUUUUUUUGAGGAACGUCAAGCAAAACCAACAAAUGUUGAGGAUCUGAAUCCAGUUGAUAAAAAUUACACAGGCACCGAAAUUGUUGAUUCUAGUGAAUAUGUUCCAGUCCGAUUCGAUUCUAUCACAGCAAUCUCCCCAUUAACUCAAAAAGCUCUCAAACAAGAAUUUGGAUAUGAAACAAUGUCAAAGGUUCAAGAUGCUGUUUUAUCACAAUCACCCAUCAGAGGAGAUUUAUUUGUAAAAGCUAAAACGGGUACCGGUAAAACUCUUGCAUUUCUAAUCCCUGCUUUCGAGACAGCACUACAACAUCUUGAUCCCAAUGAUCGAACGCGUCACGUGUCAAUAUUUGUAAUAUCUCCGACGCGUGAAUUGGCACAACAGAUUGCGCAGGAAGCAAAACGAUUAAGUAGAUUUCAUCCAUUUGAAGUGCAUACUUUGGUAGGCGGCGAGCCAAAGGGAAGACAAAUGCAUGGUUUAAUGCAAAGGCGUGUUGACGUAGUUGUUGGUACGCCAGGUAGAUUAACGGAUUUACUACAAAGUAUGCCUGACUUUCGAAACCAAUGCUCGGGCAUGAAAACGUUAAUUCUCGACGAAGCAGAUCAAUUACUCGAAAUGGGCUUUCGCCAAGAUAUCGAAAACCUCAUGCGAUAUUUUCCAAGAGAUCGGCAAACUUUUCUAUUUUCCGCGACGAUAUCACCAGAGAUACGAAAAGUGGCAAGUUUUGCUUUAAGAAAAGAUUACACAUUUAUUGACACAGUUGACCCGAAUGAUGUAAACACAAAUCUUCAAGUAAAACAGUCGUACGCAAUAACACCAUGGGAAAUUCAUCUGAAAACAAUCCGAAAUAUCGUUCUUGAUCACCGAAGGUCACAUCCUGAAGGAAAAAUAAUGAUGUUUCUACCUACGCGAAAAGGAACUGAACUUUAUGCAGAGAUUUUUAGAAUAACUGGAGACAUUGAAGUUUUUGAACUUCAGUCUGGUCUUAAUCAACAACAACGGACAAGAAUUUCCGAUAGAUUUCGAAAAUUAAGCAGUGAUGCAAUGCUUGUUACUUCGGAUGUAUCUGCACGUGGAGUGGAUUAUCCUGGAGUAACAUUAGUAUUACAGGUAGGCGCGGCUUCUUCGCGCGAACAGUACAUACAUAGACUGGGUAGGACUGGGCGUGCUGGUAGAGAAGGCGAAGGUGUAUUAGUAUUGGCUCCUUUCGAAAAAAAUUUUACAAAUACCAUUAAGGAUUUGCCAAUUAAGCCAUUGCAAGUUCCUGAGAUAAAACAAGAUAAUCGCAUUCAACGUGCUGUUGAAACUAUUGAUAUUGAAAUGGUAAAUGAUGCAUUUAAAGCGUUUCUAGGUUAUUAUAUGGCAAGAGCCGAUCUAUUGAAGAUUCGUAAAGAUUCUUUACUUGAAUUAGGGAUGGAAUUUUGUGGAGCCUUUGGUGUUACUGAGAUGCCACGUCUGCCUGCUAAAAUGACGCAAAGUCUAGGAUUGGGAAGAUCUUCAUUAAGAGGUGGUGGUGCCUUCGCACCUAGAUCGCUCGGAGGUUUUGGUGGUCGGGAUCGACAAUCCAGUUCACGUGGAGGAUUUUCAUUUGGUGGUGUUUCUGAGGAUAGAGCACUAAGAAGACCUAUGGGACGGGAUCGACAACCCAGUUCACAUGGAGGAUUUUCAUUUGGUGGUUUUUCUGAGGACAGACUACCAAGAAGACCUAUGGGAGAAAAGGAGGAUCUUCAUUUGGCAGAGGAGGACCUUCAUUUGGCAGAGGAGGAUCUUCAUUUGGAAAAUAAAAAACCGGGUCGGCAGGUAUCACGGAACUAUAUUAUGAUGUGA